UGUCAUUAUAAAUUGUUUUCUUUUUCAUUUUGUCAUUUCCUCGCUGAGGUGGGAUGAAAAGUUACGUAUUGCACUCGAGUGGAAAGAUUUUUCACCUUGUGCUCGUUUGUUUCCCUCGCUGACGCUCAGGAUUCUAAUUUAGAAUCCUUCGCUUGCUCGGUCAUCCAAAUCGAGCACGCGGUUAAAAAGGAACUUUCCACUCUUGUAUAAUAAAUAACUAUUAUUUAAUAAAAUUUAUUAACUAAGAUUAAUUGAGAAAAAACAUCAGAUUUUUUAAUAAUAUUUAUUUAUUAAGAUUGAGAAAGAAAAACAACUCAUUUGAAGCAUCCGGUAUUGAAGUGAAGGCUGGCUGUACUUGCAGCGAUGCAAGCGGUGAUUCUAACAAGGCAGGCUUCACGAGGUCUAAACUGACCUCGGUAAUUCUUCCGUCACAGUUUAUUACUAUGGUUCUUUUGUAUGAUAGGAUAAGGACCUGAGUAGGCUGGCGUUAGCGGUCUAAGGACUGCGUCGUCACGUAGGAAAACGUGUGAAGUCUUCUCUAAUUCCUUGUGCAUGAAAGUGCUACGGUUCGUGUGACGCGAUGACGGGAUCGGUCGGAGUUCUGCCAUGUACUGCCGCAAAAUUGUUACGAAACCUCUACAGGUUUCGUAACAAUUUCAAAUAUCCUACGAUAUUCAACUCGACCGCUUGUGACAGGUGGGAUCAAAAAUUCGCCAGGCAAAGGUAGCGUUUCUCAUCUUUUCUUCGUCUACCUCAAGGGCAAUGCGUACUCCCAAAAGAACAAGGGGUAAUGCUUCGAGCCAUGUGCCACCAUGACAUGCCAAUGCAAAUUUCAAUUGUCUGUGGAGUCGCUUACCCAUUGCGGAUGGAUGAUAGCUGGUCGUGCGAGAACGUACAGAAGCGCAGCACUGAAGAAGCCGUCGGAAGAGAUCCGAUUGGAAUUGGCGAGUCUGGUCAGUUUUUAUGACAGUAAGGACACCAAAUCGAGCAACUCAGCCCGAGAUAAAGGUUCUAGCGACUUUUUCAGCGGUGAUUCCAACCAUCAGCCAUACCUCUGGCCAGCGUGUGUAGCGGUCAACAGCAGACAGACAAUACUUGAAUGUGCCACAAGGUGGAAGCGGACCAAGGAUAUCAAUAUGGACGUGUCGUAACCGCGCUGAUGGAUUGGAGAAACUUCCUAGUGGCGUUUUGGUGUGCCUUGUGACUGUACUCUGCUGACAAGGUAUACAAGUUCUGGCCCUUUCGCGACAGUGCUUGUUAAUAUUCGGCCAAACAAAACGGUCAGUGUCAAGGCGACAAGAAGACCUCACUCCAGGGUGGCUUAGGUUGUGAAUCCUGUUCAACACCCGUUUUCAGAGCGUUUGCCUGUAAGUCAUUUUUACAUGAACUUAAUGAAAUCGUCUUAUCGGUUAUUUUACGUUUUGUUAAAAGGAAAAAGGUAUAUAAUGUUGAUUCCUAUAGUGAUAUUUAUCAUUUUUAUCGAUAACGAUAGUCGCCACAUUGAGUGAGUGCGGUGCAACAAGCGGUCAUGUGUCGUUAUACUGUGUCAAUAUUUACGUUUAUGUACCUGCUAUGUCAAGCAAUAUGCUUGGCGGCACCGCAAAUCGAUGCUACGGCAGGGAAAUCUGUUCGUAUCAUUGGAGGAAACUCUACCACCAUUGAAAAGUUCCCAUACGCAGUCCAGGUGAACGAGAAUAACCGGCUGAUCUGCGGGGGGUCGCUGGUGAGCCAGCGAUGUGUCCUGUCUGCGGCGCACUGCUUCGUGAGCAGGGACAAACUCACACCAAACGUACGUCUGUACUCGGCCCGAGUUGGAUCCGCUGCACUGAAUACUGGAGGCAGUGUGCAUCAGCUGGUGACUAUAGUGAUCCACGAUCAAUACAACUACAAUACUGAGGAGAACGACAUCGCAGUGAUGGUGCUGCGAGCCAACGUGACCCUCAGCAUCAGUGUGAUGUUGGUCCAGCUGCCGCUGCCAGGCUUGAUGGUGCCGGACAACGCCACGCUCAUGCACAUCGGAUGGGGUCGCACGCAGGUGGACGGCGACUUAGCACAGGUUCUGAAUAUGGUGGCAGUACGCAAGGUGAAUCAUCAGAUAUGCGCGAGCCAAUACGAGUUGCUCGAUCUUCGCGUCUCCACCAACAUGAUCUGCGCUGGCCUGCUAGGCACUGGGGGUGCAGACGCGUGCCAGGGUGACAGCGGGGGUCCCCUCAUCUACCAAUAUGGUGAUAUGACCAUCGUGGUGGGGGUAACGUCGUGGGGGCAAGAGUGUGGAGAUCCGAACUUCCCGGGCGUCAGUGCUCGCGUCGCCAACUACACUGACUGGAUCAACGAACAGAUCGUGAAAUAUAACGCCAGUCCAUUGUUGAGCACGGUCAACGUUUUAGUGCUUUUGGCGUCUUUGGUCGCUUCAAUGGUGGUUCUAAAAUGAGACUUAUUAUGAACUGUGACGGCGCGUUUAAAAAAACACGUUUUUUUAGUCAAAUAAUUGUAACAUUUAUUUAUUUAUGUAACAUUUUGAUUGUAUAUCAUUAAUUGUAAUUAAGAACAAUAAAAAGAUAUUAGUAUUUUUUUUUAUUUCUAAACCUUAUGGCUUGAUGUAUAAGACCUAAUGUUAUAUCUGUCUUUUCUUUAGCAAACGAAAGCGACAGCAUCAGUUUUAGUCCAGAUUUGAAUUAAGUCUACGUUUUGUAAUACAGGCUAAAAAGUUUAGUUAUGAAUCUUAAAAUGUAACAUCUUUAUAAUCGUUCUGUCCCCCUCCCUCAUUGAGUGAAAAAUAAAAACAACGUACUCUAGAUAUCUGAAUUUAUAUACGUAUAUACGUAUAAUGACAUAGUAUAUAUUACAUUAGCCAGUGUAUCUCAUGAUCUGCGCUGUCCUGCUAGGCACUGGGGGUAUGAUAUUUUUGACGUGACAACGUCUUGUAAUUCGAUGGGGCCGGCUGCACGCACGAAAAAACAUGACUCACGCGGCGUUACCUCGCUCUGAGGCGUUCCAUUUAAGGCUUGAAAUUCAAGCGAGAUCGCACUACGAGCGACAAAGUGGCACAAUCGGCCUCCGCGUUCGGCAGCGGUCGACAUCUGUCUCUUUCCUACUUGAGUGAGCGAUGCGUCCGCGUGGACAGCUACUAUACAAUAAUACAUUUACAUGUUUUCGUCAAGUACGAAGUGCAGUGAAAAGUGCACAUCCGUACUUGUAAAAACUAUGCACAUUGUAAAAAAACGUUGUCACGUUCAACUAUCGUCAGUAAACCGACUUUACAGACAACAGAUUUUUUUAUGUUAAAGGGUGGCAAACUUGCUUAUGACCAGCCUGAUGGUAAGGGGCUACCAUAUUUAGCUUAAUGGCUCUCACGGUACAAAAUAUAUCACUCGCUCCGUUGCCUACCCUGACCACAUUACCUACCCCGUCAAACCCUGAUACUCACCAACAGAAACACAUCACCACCCAAAGGUAACACAUUAGCCAGUUUAUCCCCCAAUUCAAGCGUGCAUUUUCUUUCACUUUAAAAACAAACCAGUCCCACCAUUUUCACAGUAUAGGAAAUGCUCAGAAAGGAGAUUGCUCAGCUUCCAUACAUGUUUGGCCUAAAAACCAAUAAUCAUGAAAAAUUGUUUCCUAGAUUCGAAAUUAUAUAUAAAUUACUGUAGAAAUGAAUAUUAUUAACGGACACCCCUGAGAACUUCUAUAAACCAUAUACACGGAACAUAUUAAAAUAAUAAAUUUUAAAAACAAAUAAGUUAUAUAGUAAACUAGGGAAAUCAAGCCAAGUACCGAAAUUAUAGAUUAGAUUCAGGUAUAUAGAGCAUGUAGAUUAACAGAUAGUUGCCUGUUUUUAAAGUUAAUGCAUAAGACAAACUUUUAAAAUCAGGUGGGUUAUAAUAAGAUACUCUGUGUCAGAAACUGUGUGAUGAUUUGGUGAUGAUUGUGAAUGAGCCACAGAUUAGAGAGAAUUUUUAAACUCUAUUUAACCAAAGAAAGCUAAGAGAUUUAGGUUCUAUAGCCGUAUAUUCAGUAGCUUCAUUAUUUUUGUUAUGUUUUUAAGAUAACCAUAUUUUUUAUUUUUAGUGUAUCACACCUUAUAAUUUUAUUUAUUUAUUAAUUUAUAGCCAGGGAACGUAGGCCCAUAGAUAGAUACCUUAAAGUCUAACAUAUAUACAGAUUAUAAUGUGUUUAUGAAGUGUGGAAGUGUUUGGCGAAAAAUGUAUGGCAAUAGACUUUAUGAUGUCGCCUACCAUCUAUAAUAAUUGUCUGAGCACAUUUGCAUCUAGUGAAAAUGAUAAUAUAGUGGUGGAUGUUAAUACCACAGUGUAAUAAAAAAAUGAUUUAUUUUAUCGAUCUUUACAAAAUAGAUUUGUUUUUAUUUUAUAUAAAUAACUUUGAUCAGUCUUUGGCUGAAUGUUACUACACCCAUAGCCAUUAAAAAUGAUUCGUAUGUUUUCCAAACCGGUAAAAUUAAAAGUCCCUUUUAAAGUAAAUAUAUUAUACAAAGGAGUCCGUUGAAAUCUAAUGACUGUAAAUUAAAUUAUAAAUUAGGCCAAGAAUUACCGUGUAUGUCAAUAUUUUUUGUGCAUUUGGGCCAAUUUGAGCAAUCUCCUUUGUGUUCUUAUUUCCAUGCAUUAUGAAUAUUAUUUUAUGUGCCAAUAAAAAAAAACCUAAGUAUCAA